AUUAGUUUGACAGUUCUUACGAUCUUGUUUAUUUACAUUUGUGAGAGCAAGGUGGCCCGUACAUUGCCAUCUAGGAAUUGAGAUAAAGAUAGUGCUUAUUCUGAUCAUUCGCGACCCGGAAGACUGAAAGCGGUAUACAAGUGCUCCUAAGAAUGGAAAUUCCCCUAGAAUCCCAAGAACACGUAAUUCCAGAUAUCAAGCAUGAGUAUUUAGACCACACGGCUGAUGUGCAAUUGCACGCUUGGGGUACGACUCUAAAGGAAGCCUUUGAACAAUGUGGAAUGGCCAUGUUUGGCUACAUGACGGAACUACCAACAGUUGACAUCAAAACAUGCUAUGAAAUUAAAACUGAGCCAACGGAUGAUUUGGAAAAUCUACUUUUCCGGUUCCUAGACGAACUACUGUUUUUAUUUUCGGCGGAACCAUUUCUUAUUUGUAAGAAAAUAGAAAUUACAAAGUUCGACAUGGAAAAUUUCUACAUUGUGUGUAGAUGCUACGGAGAGGAAUUCGAUCUAAAAAAGCAUCCCCAGGGAACAGAGGUGAAAGCUAUCACCUACUCAGCCAUGCAAAUUCAUCAGAUGCCUGAACAAAACAAAUGUGAGGUGUUUGUUAUAAUUGAUAUUUGAAAAAGUUCAGUUGAUGAAUAAAAAAAAAGUUUAUUAUUAA